AUGAGCGCCCCUCCGCCAGGUGGCCGAAAGCCGAAUCCUCUGCGCCCGAUGCGCAGAAAGCCCCGACCAGCGAACCCGCUCGUCGCGAGAAAGCCCCCCGCAAACGCCGGCCAGAAUGCGUCCGCAGCCUCCUCCCAGGUGGCCAAGCAAAACGGCGCCAAGCCCAGCACUGAGGAACUACGGAAGCAGUUUGGGGGCUGGUCGGAACCUCCCCCGCAAUACCAAUACAGCGACAUCCCGAUCAUGACGACCAAAAAGGCCCUGCUCGAAGGUGUCCGAUACCAUCUCAUGAAGUUUUCCCAGUCGAAGAUUACCGACAAAUCCGUCGAUCCGACUGACCAGGAUGCCUUCACUCGACCAGUGACCUUGCAUCGACGGGAUGCUCGACAACCACCACCGGGCAGGGCCGUCAAGGAGGAGGCACCUGAGCCGACUCCAGUUGAUGAAACAGAGAGGGAGAGGUUGGCGCAGAUCAAGGCCGAGAGAGAGGCGCAGCGCGCCAUUGAUCAGGCCAAAAUCGCCCCCGUCGUCAAAGAGAACAAACCCCAGAGGCCCAAGAAGCAGAAAGAAGAAAAAACCAUGUUCAACAGGGCCCCCAAGUCGGAGGCUGCCAAGAAAGAGGCUGACCUACGCUACGAGGAGGCCCUUCCUUGGCACCUGGAAGAUGCUGAUGGGAAGAAUGUGUGGGUUGGGAGCUACGUCGCCGCGCUCUCCCAGUCCAACGUCGCUUUCAUGAUCGACAAGUCUGUCUUUCGCAUGGUGCCGUUGGAGAAGUGGUACAAGUUCAACUCGAAGCCACCCUUCCAGCCCUUCACCAUAGACCAAGCCGAAGCCUUCAUGAACAGGAAGGUAGACGUGGGACGCUGGGUGAUGAAGGAUGAGGAGAAAAAACUCGGUCAAAGUGACUUGGAAGCCACCCGUCGACUGCUGUACGGCCGUGGUCAGAUGGUGAAGACCGAGAGCGACACUUUUAAGGCCGCAUCCAGGCUGGAGAAGAUGGAUCACGACGAGCUCGACGUCUCAGGCGACGAGUUUCAGGAUGAUGACGAGGCCACUUAUGUGGAUCGCAACGAGGACGAGGACACCAAAGAGUCGAAAGAGCGGAUCCGCCGUGAACAGCUCGGCGCAAAUCUCUUUGGUGAUGGUGACGAACAGGAAGUCGACAAAGAACUCCACGAGCAGUUGAGGGAGGAGCUGGAGCGACAAAAGUAUGGCAAAUCUACAAAGAAAGCCCUCAUUAAAAGAGACCGCGAGGAUAUCUACCAGAGUGACGACUCGGAGGAGAACCCCUGGAGCAGUUCCUCUGAUGAUGAGUCUAGCGACGAGGAAGACGAAGAGGGCAAAGAUGACGAGAAGAAAGAAGGCGAAGGGAAAGACGGCCACGCCGAGUCCAAGGACAAAGCCAAGGGUGGUGCUCCGAAAGGCACGCUGACGCCGCAAGGCAAGCAGAAACAUGGUGAUCUCGUCAAGAAGACGAAGUCCCUGAAGCGGGCUGGAUCCCCGGCCCUCUCCGAGUCCAGUGGGAACGAAUCAUCGCGGAAGAAGAUGAAGAAGUCUAGCACCACAGCGCCUGGCAGUCGAGCGGGCACUCCAUUGCCACAGGGCACCGCAGUUCGCCGCCCCAAGGUCGGAGGGGCAGGCUCUGGCAGCGACGGUGAAGCGACAGGCGGCGAGAUGUCGGAUGGUGCCGGCCCAAGGAAGAAGAUCAAGGUCAUGGGCAGCAGCGCCAAGGGGACACCAGCGGUUUCUAGAGCGGGCAGCCCCAAUCCUGCUCCGGGUGCAUCUCCCUCCUCCCAGGCUGGCGGAGCCAUCGAACCGUGGGAAAUCUUGGAGAAGAUUCCACCCGAAGGAAUUGCUAUCGGCGAUCUCAUCAAACCUUUCCAAGGCCGCGUGGGCGAUAAGCCUGGUCAGAUGCCCAAGACGGAAUGGAUUCGUUUGGUGAAGCAGCUCUGCGACUAUGGACCGGACAAGCGCCUGCGCCGCAGGAAAUGA